AUGAGCACACGUUGUUUAUUUGGAAUAUUUGUUUUUGGAUCAAAUUCAUCAGUAGUUUAUCGAUUUGUAACUGAUGAUUUAUUUGCACAUUUAAGACAAUGUUUUCAAAAUCGAGGAUAUAAACUUCAAGAUGAUACAACAGACGAUAAUCAAAGUGAUAAUAAUGACAAUGAACUUACAUUAUCAGUUGAUGAUGCUAUUUCACAACAUCUAUCUGUAUUAGUUAGAGUUCAUGAACAAACAGUAUCACGUCAUGAUCCCAUACGACGAAUAACACUUAACUCUGGUAUGCAAGUGUUUUUCGAUCAGGUAAAAAAAAUAUUUUCUCGAAUCUUUUUUUCUUAUUGA